AGCUGGGUGCUGACAGCUCCCUGCAACUGCUCGCUCCAGCUGCUGGGCCCUCCUCUCCCUGGUAAGAUGGAGAAGGAUGCUCUGACCUCCACAGCGAGGAGGCUGGCUCCUCUUUCUCCCUUCACCAGGUGUUCGUGAUGGUGCCGGAGGGUUGUGGUACCCACUGCCUUGGUGGGGCUGGUAAAGCCUUGGGGGACAGUGGUGGUACCAGCAGAGGGUUCCCAGGCUGGAGGAGCUCCGGCAGGGCGAUGCUCCCAGAUGCGCACUGUGAGAGGGGAGGAGGUCUGGGUGUAGCACAGAGCAAGUCUUAUUGCAGCUCCUCGCAGGGAGUUGGGAUGGGAGGCCCCGGUUAGCUGGGAGUGCUGGGAGCAAGUGCUGACACCUCCUGGGGCUCCCUCUGCAGCAUCUCUGGGGCCUCCCAAGCUUUCUCCUGGCUGACACAUCGCCUCUCUUCUCUGUCUGAUGCAGGGCUCCUGUGCCUCCCCACAGACCCCAUACAGGGGCUGGGGGGAAUCCUGGGGGCUCCCUGGGGUCCGGCUCCAUCCCAGCGGGGCUGUGGCAGCCCAGGCAGAGGGACUGUCCUGUCGUCCUCCAGCACGGAGCAUCUCCCAGCCUGCUGUCUUGUAUGGCUUUUUAUUCCUAUGUGAUUAUACAUCCCACUUCAUAUAGGGAUUGAAGCCGUGCACUACGCCGGGCUCCUACAGCAGAGAGCAGCCCCUGUGCCACGGGAGCCGGCCUCGGAGGAGCCACCAGAGCUGUCCCCUGGGGUGCUGGACGAGGAUUGCUGGCCUCAGCCUGGGCUCCGUCCUGCAUCCCAGGCUCCCCAGCCCUCUUGGGAUGCAGGUGAGGGUGCCAAGCUGCUUUGGGGUGAGGCCAGCACAAGCCCACUCCUUGCGUUGCACCCCCUUGCGAGGGUGGGCCUGGUUCCGCACCACAUCUGCUGUGGAGAGCCCCAGCGGCUGCACUGGUGGGCUCAUCCCUGGGGAAUCUGCUGCUUUGCUUUUGUCCCUGGCUGUCCCGGGAUAUGCAGCAUCUACAUGCAGGCACUGCCAGCAGCACAGGGGAGGAGGAAGAGGAAAAAGAUGCUGAGGAAUGGCCACGACAGCAAGGGCUACCCCAGGCACGAUGCUCUUCAAGGUUUCUCAAGAGGCCUCAGCCACUCUUUCAAGGCACAGGCACCCAGAGCCAGGGUGGCGUGGAGCUGGUUCCAGCACAGCCCACACAAUGGGGUUGCUUGGUGUGACUGCAGCCACACUCUGGUGUCUUCAUUGGCACAGCUUUACUCUCAUGAGGCCAAUAUCCCAUCCAGGACAGCACGGACAAGCUGCAAAGCCCUGCUCAGCUGUGGUGAUUCACUUGUGUUCCCAAUGGGAAAGUCAUUGCUCCUGCCAGCCCAGAGGCAAAUCAUCACCAGGCAGGUAAGGAUGCUCUCAUGUCUUGAGAUUUGUGUUAUCUCACAAAUCCUGCUAAACCUGGCCCAAAGGUAUGUUGGCUCAUGCGUGGAGCCUUUUGACCUUUUGUGAAGGCACUGCAGGUCAGAGGGAGCUGGCAUCAGGCAGGAGUGAUAGCAGACAAUUCCCUGCUGAGCACUGUCCAGAGGAAGAUGCUGCUUUGUCUGUGAGGGCUGAGCACACUCCAAUGCUCCUUUUGUCCCUAGGCAGAAGUUGCACAGGGUCCACCAAAGCAACCUCUUGGAAAGGGAGCUUUGAGUUAUCCAGGUAGAAGCAUCAGAGAAGUAUUUCUGUAGCCUGGGUGUUCUUGCUGAACCUCCCCCUGGCCUAUUAUUUCCUCAUUAGGAAAGAAAGGACAAGAACAAAAAUCCAUAUAUGGCAGCCAAGCAAAGGUAGAUGGGAAAUGCACUUCAAACCGCUCCAUCCUUUCAACAAACCUUUUAUUAGGCUUCUCUCCUCCCCAACACACACUCUUUAAUCGUUAUGAAAAGCCACCAUUCAGGAAGCAAGGACACUGCUCGGGCUACCUGGAGCAGGCAUUUCCCAGGAGAAGCCAGCCAGCACUAGCCCAAGGUUCUCCGGAAUUGACUGGGAGGCAGCACAAGCAGCAGCUUGAAGUCCAGGGUGGUGGUCAGCAGUGUGGCAGAGCUGUGGGCAGGGGGUUGUGGUGGCCCUGUGGCAGUGUGCCCAGGCUGGCAUACUGGACUGCUGCUAAAGUUCCCCUUCUGCCAGGCACCCCAGCCCGAAAGCAGAGUCACUCUGCAUUCUGCUGGAGCAGAAUGGCCCAGGGAGCGCUCAGCACGCUGUGGGGCCAGCAGAAUGGCCCAGGGAGUGCACAGCAUGCUGUGGGGCCAGCAGAAUGGCCCAGGGAGUGCUCAGCACGCUGUGGGGCCAGCAGAAUGGCCCAGGGAGCACCCAGCACGCUGUGGGGCCAGCAGAAUGGCCCAGGGAGCAUGCAGCACGCUGUGGGGCCAGCAGAAUGGCCCAGGGAGCGCUCAGCACGCUGUGGGGCCAGCAGAAUGGCCCAGGGAGCACUCAGCACGCUGUGGGGCCAGCAGAAUGGCCCAGGGAGCACUCAGCACGCUGUGGGGCCAGCAGAAUGGCCCAGGGAGUGCACAGCAUGCUGUGGGGCCAGCAGAAUGGCCCAGGGAGCACUCAGCACGCUGUGGGGCCAGCAGAAUGGCCCAGGGAGCGCUCAGCAUGCUGUGGGGCCAGCAGAAUGGCCCAGGGAGUGCUCAGCAUGCUGUGGGGCCAGCAGAAUGGCCCAGGGAGUGCUCAGCACGCUGUGGGGCCAGCAGAAUGGCCCAGGGAGCGCUCAGCAUGCUGUGGGGCCAGCAGAAUGGCCUAGGGAGUGCUCAGCACGCUGUGGGGCCAGCAGAAUGGCCCACGAAGCGCUCAGCAUGCUGUGGAGCCAGCUUCACCCAGCUGUCCUGGCUGCAGCCCAUACUUGUGGCUGUAAGGCUGCCCGUGUUAGUGCCCCCGUGGAGCUGCCCUGCUGGGCACGGAGCAGGCGACCUGCCAGCGACCUCUGGAGAAAAACACACGGCACAAAGCAGCUUCUCCUGCACAACCACCCCCUGACAUUACGGGGGCACAGCGAGCUCUGUAACGCUUGGCAGAUUUUCCCCAGCAGAUCUGGGAGCAGUUUGCCACUGCGAGCAAGUUCAGGCAUGUUACAAAAGACCUUCAGACUCUGAGGACAAAUGAGAUGCGUGGAUGAGUUUAAACCACCGGGCAAGACUGGGGUUUUGAAAUUCCCAGGGUUGUGCCUUAUUCUGAGCCUGGGCUGUAGCCCAGACAGUCCAGCUGCCAGCCUGGCAUCGACACCAGGCCC